AUCAAAUGAAACUUUUUUUCCCAUUUUUAAUCCAUUAGGAGUCUUAUUAUUGGCCCUUCAGUGCCAUCAUUGCAGUUUUAUAAAAAGUGACUGCAUCACUCAAACAGAUCAAUACACUCCUCAUGAGCUAAACUGCUGCCUCAAAGGCGAGACAGUUGUGUCAUAAUGAUGUAAUUGCACAAUAGGUGCCAUCAUCGUGCGAUCAUGUUGACAUCAGAGUUAGGAACAAAUGAGAGUCUGCGUACAACCUCUGCAUACGAGUUCAAUAACUCCUUCGCAAUGUGAGAAUAAUGGAGCUAUCACUUACUGACGCUGGAUGUGUUGGGACUGGCGUCACCUUGCUCUAUUAAGCUUGACUGUCCUCCUGAUACACAGGGACUUGGUCUGUGGUGAGCUUGGCUGAGCACAGGCACUUGUUCUCUUUCUCUCUCCUGUAUCUGUGCCACUCUUUGAUUCACCUUCAGUGAGUGCACAUCUCCACAUGCUCAUCUCCCACUUCAAGCUCCAGCUUUAGUCUCACCCCAGGAUUACUCAUCUAUUUACAAAGAUGACAUGCCACAGGAACAAGCUAUUGGAAAUCUAGAGCAGCGACUGGUUUAUACGAGAAGCCAAUAAAGAAAUCAGCUUCUAUGACCCACUGAGCCAACCCUACAUUAGCCUCUCAACGGUCACACCACCACAUAAUCAUGGAGGACUCAACAGAGGUGCGCACGGGUGGAAACUCUUUGCUGAAAGCAGUGUAUCUGUGCCGCCUGAGGUUGACGCGCCUGCUGCUGGAAGGAGGGGCUUACAUUAAUGAAAGCAAUGAGAGGGGAGAAACUCCACUGAUGGUGGCCUGCAAAAGUCACCAUGCAGAUGCUCAGAGUGUGCCAAAACCCAAGAUCAUCAGGUAUCUUCUUGAAAAUGGUGCAGACCCCAACAUUCAGGAUAAGUCUGGUAAGACAGCCCUAAUGCAUGCCUGCAUAGAGCGGGCGGGAGAUGAGGUGCUGUCGCUUCUGCUCUCCAGUGGAGCUGACCCUAGUUUAGAGGACCACAAUAGUUCCUCUGCUCUGGUCUACGCAGUUAACGCUGGAGACAAGGAUGCACUGAGAGUACUACUGGACGCCUGCAAGGCCAAGGGCAAAGAAGUCAUCAUCAUUACAACAGACAAACUACCCUCUGGAAGACAAAUGACCAAGCAGUAUCUGAACGUACCACCACCUCCAAAUCUUGAGGACCGGUUGCACUGUGCCUCUGCGUCAUGUAUGUGCCCCUCUGAAAUGAAUCUUUUUACCCCGCAUAUCUCACCUCCCACCAACAACCAAUCUGAGACCCUGGGAUCCACUCCAACACUUCCCACAUCUAAGCCAGGAUCACCGACUCAAGAUUCAAGCCCUCUGCAAGCGGCUAGUGUGGUGAAGCUGCUGCAUCUACAGAGGCUUAACUCAGAGCCCUGGCUGAAGAUCCCUCCUUCUCUGCUCCUACAGCAAAGCAAGUCCUCAUCCUUGACCGAGGAGCUUCUAGAUAUCACCCCCGAAGAGGAGCUCUCAUUUGGGUACAAUGGUUGCAGACCUCUACUGAGAACGACGGUAGCUCGGCACCAAAGCAUUGACGUCAAAGACUCUACUGGUCUGCUUAGAGCCUUUGAGACAACAUCUGAAAGAGAACUAACAAAAGAACAGAAAUGGCUCAGUAGAAAAAUGUCCUACGAUGGUGAGUUGUUACCGCACUCUUCCUCACAUCAGAACCUCAAGCAGGCAUCCAUCUCAGACACUGCUCCUGUGGACCGGGGCCCAGACUGUCUUCCCAACCUGGCUGUUUCAAGCCUACGCAAUGUGUUUCGUCGGCGCAACUUCGGAAUGGACCACUACAGUUCUGACUCUCAGUUGCCUCAAUUUGGGAGCCACCCCUCUGAAGACCUCGGGAAGACUGGAGGAGGAGGAGGAACUGGGGCAAUGGAGAAACGCAAGCUUGUUACCAGCCGCUCCUCCACUCUCUCUGGAUCCAGAGAGUCUCUGGAGAGUGUCGUUCAGAGGAGGAGCCCGGCGAUGCUGGAGCGGAGGGGAUCUGGAGCCCUACUCCUAGACCAUAUCUCACAAACCCGCCCUGGUUAUCUGCCACCUCUUAAUCCACAUGCACCCAUUCCAGAUAUCAAAGUCAACACCUGUGUUGGCGUCAACAGUGGAAGCAAGCCUGUGGCAGGAACUUCACCCAUUGUUCCUGGAUUGAGGCAUUUUGUCCCCAUUGCCCCGAGCCAUCCCAGAGAUCUCAAGAACAAGAAGAGUCUGUUAAGACGACACUCCAUGCAAACUGAGCAGAUCAAGCAGCUGGUCAAUUUCGAGGAAAUCUUUGGUCAGUAAACAUCACAGAGGAAAGUUGUGGUAAAUAUAGAAAUUUCAUUUGACAAAGUCUGAAAUCUGAACAGAAUACAUUUUAAAUAUGAAUCAUAAUAAACAUAAACCACACCCUAAAAUGCACUUUCCAGACUGGACAGUGGUAAUAUGUUUAUUUUGACUAUUGUAAACUUUACUGCACUUUACUGCUGUUAUUUGUACUCUCUCAUUAGUGCACUGAAUCAGAAUACUGAAACG